CUUUGACCUCGAGCAAUUGACCUUGUUCUGCUGCAAUCGGUGACGUGCGCCACACCCACUGUGCUAUCGAUGACAUUUCACAUUUGAAUAAGCCUCGACGCUCUCUAUCAGCUACCUCGUAGAUUUUGCGCUCGUGAAUCUGUAUAUAAUGGUGGCACAUACCAUUUUGUAGAUGGCCUAAAUGCAUACCAUAGAUUAUAUUGUGAACUACGAUAGCCGCCGCUGGCUGAUUUUAUAAAUACAUUUUUCAUGUAAAUACUAACAAGAUUAAGCUUCAAUGCUGUUUAUAGAUAAGUACACUUCACAGACGUACCCAGAACACAUGAACAAAAGCUCAAUUGUUUAUUAAGCCUCACUCGAAUUAUGUUGAAUGAGAUAUAAUUUUUUGCUCGUUUUAUGAUACAAUGCGUUUGAUAAUGUGAUCACAAAAUGUCAGGAGAUUGGUAGAUUACAAUUCAAAAUCCAAUCGCCGGUGCACCAUUUCAAGAGUUCAUUGACCCCUGUCCUCUGAGCACCACAGUGUUGCCAUAUCGCCUUGAAGAUUUCGCUUUUUUCCUCUCUUCACAGGGUAUUUGAGUUCUCGUGCCACUUUAAAUCUAUAAAACUCUACUCGUAAUGCCAGUGUAUUAAGAAUUAAAUGAAAUCAAACGGAGAAUCAAACAUUUUCGGGUAAGAACUGGACGUCAGCGGCAAGACCGCAAUCAGUGAAAGCGGCGUUUUCAAGGCGCCAAAUCUCGUAGAUAAAUACUCCCGUUGUAGCUUUCAUCGGUUAAAUUAUUUAUGGCGCGGCGGAGAGAGUUAUCAUGGUGAGGACGUCAAGUAGCCAUCCAUAUGUCACCUUGUUUAAGUCAGCAGGAGCAGGGGAGCUCCGCCGUCGCUCUCCGUCCUCAGUGACACGGACGCGUUCAGCAAGGCUCGUUCAUGUUCAACAGUAUCCAUGGCGAUUGUCUGCAUAUCAUGGCUGAGUUAUUACGCACCCUUCAGACAAUGCCAUUGAAUGCAAAGAAGUCGCUGAAAAAAAAAAAACAUCCAGAUAUUUCCUCCCCGAUACUUGCGCAUGCGCGCCAUGCUGGCUGUCUUGGGGGGGGCAAUAGAAAACAGUCAGAAACAUUAUGUGCGGUUGUGAGUACGUGUGUGCAUGUGUGUCUCCUGGGAUGUUUAUGUUGAGUGCUGCCAUCUAGUAACAAGAACUGUCACAAGUAUCCAGGCGAGUGUUGCUUAUCGUUACUUCCAUAUUAUGAAGAAGAUUGCCGUGACCCAGAUGACGCCCAGAGCCCACAUGCGUGUGCCACUGUACGCCGGCCGCCUCAGUGUUCAUCCUAGCCCGAGCGAGGACUGCGGCCAACGACCAUAAUGGAGACCAGCACCGCCGACCACCUGCUGAUCAAGAGUGUGGACGACAUCACUGAGUCCUGGGUGAGGGAGUUGCUCUUACACAGGUGCGACUUGCCAGAUCCGAAGCCUCCUAUGCAGGUGAAGAGCUGGGUGAAAGGCAAGUGCCCCUCCGGUGAUCCUCUCGCGGGCUUCUCGAGCACGAGGGCGACGGUGCAAGUGGCAUACGAGGUCGAAGGCGAAGGUGGAACACUCAGAAAGGAAACCUUCGUGGUGAAGCUCAUCCCCACACUUGGCUUUAUGUCGGAUCUGCUGGUGUCAGAAGGGAUGCACCACAACGAGGUGGGUCAGUACAGGCACUUCCUACGAUCCCUCGCGGCGUGGGAGGCGGAGCGGAGGGGCGUGUCCUGCGGAGUCCUUUGUGAGAUGAUCCCCCCCCAUUCCCUCGCCGUCAGCUGCGAUCAGCACUUCACGCUAGUCCUGCCAGAGUUGCGGGAGCUCGGCUACACGGCGACCAAUAUGCCUACAGGUCUGGACGAGGACCAGAUCAUGUUGGUGGUGAAGAACAUCGGGUGCUUCCAUGGGUCCGUGGUCGCUUUCAAGACAAUCACUGGCGUCAACCUCGAAGAGGCUUUCCCCAAGUGCUUCCUGCAGACUAGUCCGGACAGCCCGCUCUUUUCCACGUUUACGCAAGCAGGGUUUGAUAAGCUGAAGGAGGAGUGGGCAGGCGACCCCAGCCGGGCACAGAUGCUGGAGAUGCUGGAGCCCUACGAGACGCACGCCGCGCCUUUCAUCAUCAGCGGCCUGCAGCCCAAGGAACCCUUCGCCACGGCCAUCCACGGUGACCUGCAGCCCUCCAACCUCUUCUUCAAGGAGAAGGCCGACGAGGAACACACUAUAAAAGUAAUUGACUGGGCACUGGCACGGUACUCCCAGGGCCCCUACGACCUGGUUUACCUCAUGCACAUGGGAGUCAACAAGGACACGAGGCGGAAGGUCAUGUCUUCGGCCACGGAAGAAUAUUAUAAGGCUUUUAACGAGGCACUCACCGACCUGGGCGCUGGGAUGACCUACCCGAGACACGUGUUCGAGGAGCAGCUCACCCUCGGUAAAGAACUGAUGAUCAUCUGGGGCAUCUCCUCGAUCAACCUGUUCUCCUGCACCCUCAACCUCAAGGAACGACUCCACGCCCUUGUCGCUGACCUCCUGCACGACCCGGAUGUAAAGCCUCCACGACCUCCCUUUGUGACAUGAAAUCUAUGUGGAAACCUUACGCUUCUUCAUUCAUCCUAAUUCAUUACAUUUCUUUUUUAUUGUUAUUGUUCUGAUCUCUCCUGCCGUAUCUCUUUUGUCUUCCUCCUCUUCGCCACACACCCAAGGGCAUCAUCAUCAUGAGUCUGUGGUCCUCAUCAUGUCAAUGUUUUUUUCAUUAACAUGGAGAACGUUCACUCUUUUUUAUAUUAUUCACAACAACUCUUAAGGUACGGUAGCUCAUUCUGUAUAAUGACUGUAAUUUGAUAAGAUUCCGAGAUGUAAAAACAUUCCUAUUAACAUGCCCAAUGUAGAAGUAGAAUAUAUAUAUAUAUAUAUAUAUAUAUAUAUAUAUAUAUAUAUAUAUAUAUAUGUUUAAGAUAUAUCAGCCGUCUAACAAAAAUCAAUUUGUAGGUUUGAUUUAGAAUCAAUUUAAAAUAAGACGAAUGUCUCAUUAACUAAACUUUUUCCACUGAAAACAAUGCACUAAGUCUGAUUCCUAUACAUGAGUGUUAAGAAUCAAUAUACUUUUGGUCGAAUGUAGGCUAAUAAUGCCAUGUAUUAUCGUGUACAGCACUAUGAUUUGUAUUUUUCCUUUUAAAUACAUUAAGUAAAUAAU